AUGCACUCAGCACUGGUCCAUCUUGCGUUAUAUCCCACCUGCGGGACAAGCAUAAGAUCCCGACUAACUCUGGCCACGGAUUGCCCAAGCAACUCUGCCGCUGUGCGAUACAGUAACGUUGACCACCUCUUCGAGUAUGUAUACCUACAGACAUGGGUCACUGGGUCAAAGCGGGAGUACUGGAUCAUCAAGCGAAAUGGGAGCGUGGUCCGGCCAGUAAGGGAUGAACGCACCAAUGUCCAUAUGUGGUCUGUACAUGAGCGCGAGGCGGUCCGCCAUGCUGCAGCCGGGAACGAGCAGCACGGGAUAUCGGCAUCGCAGAUGGCGUCGAAUCCCGCCAAGUUGACAUACACGGAACAAAGCUGCGGGAUCAAGAGAACAGGCUGGGAUAAGACAUACAGAGACAAAAGCCGCCAAGCAUUACUUGCGAUCACCCAGAUGCCGUACGACUACCCUAGCGGCAGCAGCAGACGCCACAUGCUUUGUGGCCGGGGGCAAGAUGGGUUUGAGGAGGACCUGGUGAGCCCACCAGAAGACGAGGAAAGGAUUGCUCGCAUAGUAAGCCAAGUGGAUGCUCUCAUGGACCGAUGUGAAGAGACAGCAGAAAAGACAAGCCGGAACUUGCGCUGUUGGCUUAGGAGCACCCGACCUCGAUCUGCCUAUGCGAAGCCGUUUGAGCUUGUACAGCUACCCUCUACAAGGAAAAGUUACCGGAGGUUAUGGAAGAGGGUGCUGGUGCUUGUGCUGCGGGCCUAUCGAUUGGAUCCGGAUACUCGGGACAAGGUCAUUGGCAUCCGUUUGAAGAAGAGAAUAUAUGGGUUCGUACAGUUGAUUCAGCCCGAAGGGCGUUUUACUCAGUCAGAAAGAAUCGACCAUAAAACCUCCUCUGAUUGGCCAAUUGGCCCGGCCUGUGCUCAACUCGUGCACGAAUUGGUCGGCUACUAA